AUGUCUGCUGCUGAAACUAAUCAACUUCAAGAAUCUAUGGAAAAGUUGAACAUUGGUUCAACUUCUGAAGAACAACCAGCUGCUGCUACUACCACUGCUGAUCAAUCAGCUGAAGAACAAGGCGAAUCAUCUGGUGUUGCUGAAAAUUCUGCCUCCCUUUACGUUGGUGAAUUGAACCCAUCUGUCAAUGAAGCUACCUUGUUCGAAAUCUUUUCUCCAAUCGGACAAGUUUCCUCCAUCAGAGUCUGUCGUGAUGCUGUCUCUAAAAAGUCUUUAGGUUAUGCUUACGUCAAUUACCACAAGUACGAAGAUGGUGAAAAAGCUAUUGAAGAAUUAAACUACACCCCAAUUGAAGGUCGUCCAUGUCGUAUCAUGUGGUCUCAAAGAGACCCAUCUGCCAGAAGAUCUGGUGAUGGUAACAUUUUCAUCAAGAAUUUGCAUCCAGCCAUUGACAACAAAGCUUUACACGACACCUUUUCUGCCUUUGGUAAGAUUUUGUCUUGUAAGGUUGCCGCUGAUGAAUUUGGUCAAUCCAAGUGUUUUGGUUUUGUUCACUAUGAAACUGCUGAAGCUGCUGAAGCUGCCAUUGAAAAUGUCAAUGGUAUGUUGUUGAACGAUCGUGAAGUUUUUGUUGGUAAGCACAUCUCUAAAAAAGACCGUGAAUCUAAGUUUGAAGAAAUGAAAGCCAACUUCACUAACAUUUAUGUUAAAAAUAUUGAUUUGAACUAUUCAGAAGAAAGCUUCGAAAAAUUAUUUGCUCCAUAUGGUAAGAUUACUUCUAUCUACUUGGAAAAAGAUCAAGAUGGAAAAUCUAAAGGUUUUGGUUUUGUUAACUUUGAAAACCAUGACUCUGCUGUUAAGGCCGUUGAAGAAUUGAACGACAAAGAAAUCAACGGUCAAAAGAUCUACGUUGGUAGAGCACAGAAGAAAAGAGAAAGAUUGGAAGAAUUGAAGAAACAAUACGAAGCUGCUAGAUUGGAAAAGUUAGCCAAAUACCAAGGUGUCAACUUGUUUGUCAAGAAUUUGGAUGACGCUAUUGAUUCUGAAAAAUUAGAAGAAGAAUUCAAAUCAUUUGGUACCAUUACAUCUGCUAAGGUUAUGGUUGACGAUGCCGGCAAAUCAAAAGGUUUUGGUUUUGUUUGUUUCACAACUCCUGAAGAAGCUACCAAGGCUAUUACUGAGAUGAACACCAGAAUGAUUAACGGCAAGCCAUUAUAUGUUGCCUUGGCUCAACGUAAGGAUGUUAGACGUUCUCAAUUAGAACAACAAAUCCAAGCCAGAAACCAAAUGAGAAUGCAAAAUGCUGCUGCUGGUGGUUUACCUGGUCAAUUUAUGCCACCAAUGUUUUACGGUCAACAAGGCUUUUUCCCACCAAAUGGCAGAGGUAACGCUCCAUACCCAGGUCCUAACCCGCAAAUGAUGAUGAGAGGUAGAGGUCAACCAUUCCCAGAACAAUGGCCAAGACCAGGUCCAAAUGGCCAACCUGUUCCUGUUUACGGUAUUCCACCUCAAUUUCAACAAGACUUUAACGGUCAGAACAUGAGACCUCAACAACAGCAGCAACAACCAAGAGGUGGAUACUAUCCAAACCGUAACCAAACUAACAAGAGAGACUUGGCUGCUAUCAUUUCUAGUGUUCCACAAGAUCAACAAAAGAGAAUUUUGGGUGAAGAAUUGUACCCAAAAAUUGUUGCUACCGGUAAGGCACAAGAACCAGAAGCUGCUGGAAAAAUCACUGGUAUGAUGUUGGGUUUAGAAAACCAAGAAAUUUUGGAUUUGUUAGAUGAUGACGAAUUGUUCAACAACCAUUUCGAAGAUGCUUUGACUGCUUUUGAAGAGUACAAGAAGUCUGAAGCUGCUGGCAAUGCCGAGGAGCAAGCUUAG